AUGGGUGCUGGGGGCUCGAAACCCGAAGCUUCGGCUGGGUCUAAACAUAUUUUCGCCAGCGAAACGCCGGUCCAAUUCUCUGCCAACUUAGUUGAGGCUCUACAAUCUAGCAAAGAGACCGACUCAUCCCGGGCCAAAUCUCUCGAAUUACACAUCCAAGCGCGCGUCGCCGAAGAACUAGAACGCCUACGACAACGUGAAAAACAAACCCUCGAAGAAAUCGAAAAGCGCCUUGCUGCCGAACUACCCGAACGAAAAGUCUCUGGAUUAACAGGUGCAUCAUUGUCCACAUCGUUUGCGGCGCCGGCCGGAUCUUUGGACCUGGAUGCUCCGCGAAUCCCAUUUGCAGGACGAGAAUUCGAUGCGCCUUUAUUCCCUAUUGAUCCUGCCACCGUCACUCCACCUGCCGCCUCAUCGCAGCAGCAGACACCCGCCGUCGUCGACCCAUCGCGCGAAGCUGUGCUGAAGGAUAUUGAGCGUUUGCGCACGAAGCUCGAAUCGAGGAAGAAACUGUCCGCGCUUGAUGAGAAUGUUGAGCGCGCUAAGACUGAUGUUGUUAAUUGUCUGAGGAUAAACGAUCGACGACCUCUGGAUUGCUGGAAGGAGGUUGACUCGUUCAAGCAGGAGGUCGCGAAACUGGAGCGGGCUUUUGUGGAUAAGGUUGUUGGGUGA